UCCCUAGUCGGCUUUCUUUUCCUUUUUGUCAAAAAAGAAAAAAAAAAAAAAAGAGAGAGAGAGAAGGGUUGUAAAACGACAUCGUUUGGUAAAUUAAGGCUAAAACCCAAAACCCCUCUUUUCAUUCAACUACAUGAGCAUUAAGCAGCAGCAACAUUCAACAUUCUCUCUCCUCAGCUCCUACACAACCAUGGCGGCGAGGCCUGAGCUGUUAGCACCGCCGGAGAUUUUCUACGACCAAUCAGAAGCUCGCAAAUACACUUCUUCUUCUCGAAUCAUCGAUAUUCAGGCAAAGUUGUCUGAAAGAGCAUUAGAAUUACUCGCCUUGCCCGAUGACGGAGUCCCCAGAUUGCUCCUUGACAUUGGUUGUGGAUCAGGGCUGAGUGGAGAAACUCUGUCCGAGAGUGGGCAUCAGUGGAUUGGUUUAGAUAUUUCAGAGGCAAUGCUGGAUGUAGCCGUUGAGCGAGAGGUUGAUGGUGAUCUUCUUCAUGCAGAUAUGGGUCAGGGGUUAGGAUUCCGUCCGGGAGUUAUUGAUGGUGCAAUUAGUAUUUCAGCCGUCCAGUGGUUAUGCAAUGCUGACAAGUCCUCUCACGAGCCCCGUUUGAGACUGAAGGCAUUCUUUGGAUCAUUAUAUAGGUCCCUAGCAAGAGGAGCUAGAGCAGUUCUUCAGGUGUAUCCCCAAAAUGUAGCUCAGCGUGAGCUGAUCCUAGAUUCCGCAAUGCGUGCUGGAUUUGCUGGUGGUGUAGUGGUUGACUAUCCUCAUAGUACUAAAAGUCGAAAAGAAUACCUUGUUCUCACUUGUGGUCCACCAUCCUUAAGUGCUGGAAUGAGUUGCUCUGAUGAUGAAAGUAGUGGAGAUGAAGAAAAUCAUACGGUUACAGUCUCGGACAGGAAUAGGCCUCGAAAAAAGAGGAAGCUGGACAAGAAGAAUAGAGGAAAGGAUUGGGUUAUUCAAAAAAAAGAACAGAUGAGAAGAAAGGGUGCCGAAGUGCCUGCAGAUACAAAGUACACUGCUCGUAAACGCAAAUCUCGUUUCUGAGCUUUUAUUUUCCAUGUCUGAGCUUAAAUUGAGAUUUCUAGUGCAUUUUUAAUGUAUUUUUUAUAUUUUUUAGAAUUCAAGAAAUGUGGAAGAAUAGAACAGUCAUGAAGGACUGUUACUUUUCAUUGCAUACCCACACCUUCCCCUGAUUUUUUAUACAAUGAGACUACAGAUUAGGUUCAUUGUGCAGUAUCAUGAGUUUUCUUAUGUCAUUUUA